AAAAGGGUAAUAGAUCACGUGAUCACUCAGCAGCUCAGGUACACCUGACAAAAUGGCGACUUCCAUGGCGAAAUUUUUCGUGUUGAUGAUUCUUGUUUUCCUGCUGAAUUUACAUUUAACCUCUUCUAAUGUUUUAGAGAAUGAAGCUAACAAGUUUUUCAGCAAAGGUCAUACAAAUAAUUGGGCUGUGUUGGUUUGCACAUCUCGUUUCUGGUUCAACUAUCGUCAUGUAGCCAACGCCUUGUCUAUCUACCACAGCGUGAAGCGUCUAGGAAUUCCUGACAGCCAGAUCAUACUCAUGAUUGCCGAUGACAUGGCCUGUAACGCCCGUAACCCCAGACCAGCUGCAGUGUUCAACAAUGCUAACCAGCACAUAAAUGUGUAUGGUGAUGACAUUGAAGUGGAUUAUAGAGGUUAUGAGGUAACGGUUGAGAAUUUCAUCCGUGUGCUGACUGGUCGGCUGCCUCCCAGCACUCCACGUUCUAAGCGGCUCCUGACCGACGAUCGCAGCAACGUGCUGGUGUACAUGACGGGACACGGCGGGGAUGGCUUCCUGAAGUUCCAGGAUGCAGAGGAGAUCAGCAGUAUUGAGUUAGCGGAUGCCUUCCAGCAGAUGUGGAAGAAGAUGAGAUACCAUGAGCUGCUGUUCAUUGUGGAUACAUGCCAGGCUGUUUCGCUCUACAAGUAUUUCUACUCUCCAAACAUCAUUGGCAUCGGUAGCAGUCAAGUAGGAGAAGAUUCCCUAUCACAUCACCAUGACUCAGCUAUAGGAGUGUAUAUCAUUGAUAGAUACACAUACUAUGUUCUAGAAUUCUUGGAAAGGAUGACACCUUCAAGCCAGAAAACAAUGGAUGAAUUUUUCAAGGUGUGUCCACAGCGGGUCUGUAAGUCCACCGGGGUAAGAGCAGACCUCUUUCAGAGAGACCCCAAGAAAUCACUCGUCACUGACUUCUUUGGCAGCGUCCGUAACGUGGAAGUCUCCUCAACACAGCUGAACUUCUCCAGCGAUGGUACUGAUGAUGAUGUUUCUUCGGGCAGGGUUGAUGAUAGCAGAAAGACCACCGAUGCAGCUUUGGAUUAUGUCUCUCAGUUCCCAGACGAAUCCUUAUUAAAACCCUUAGAAAAGGACCAAAAUGGUGUCAAGUUCUCAGUACCUUUUGUGAUUGCAAGUAGCGUGUUCUUCGGCGUCGCUGGAUUGGCUCUCUUUACAAGGACAUUAUCGUGACCCAUGGCUGAUAGUCGGCUUGUAUGGUAUAAGUUAAAUUAAUGAUCUUAAUAAUAAUAAUAUUCAGCUUUUAUAUAGUGCUUAAUACAUCUCGGACGUCUCUAAGCGCUUUACAGAUAUACUAUUACCCUGGUCAUUGGAUUCAGUGCUUGCCCGCACACACUGUGUGCACAAUCUCCACUCCCUGGGGAGCAUUCCAGCCAGGCGUGACUUGACGCUCAAAAACUGUUUGACCAACAAUGAAGAUCGCAUCCUACCGGGUACCCAUUUCAACACCUGGGUAGAUUUCACACUGAAAUUUGUUUUGCAUAGUUAAAUUUCUGAAUUGAUGCAUCAAGUAAAUAUUUCAUCCUGUCUAUUACCUCGACCAACACUGUGGAAUGACAUCGUGAAUAUUUUUCUCCACAAUUUUACAGGUAAAAACACUUUCAAAUAAUUUUUUUUAAGUUUAAAAAGUCCUGUGACUGUGUCAUAUGCCUCACACAAAUGCUUUUUGAGCUGUGCCUUAUUUUUGUACAUGUACCUUUUGAGAGCUAGGAGGGUAAUAACUUUGCAUUGAAUUAUUAGAUAACCCCUAUUCUCUUUUUAAAAUUCUCAGCAGGCAAUAUUUUCAAGACAUUGAUAUAUAUAUAUAUACGGAUAUAUGGUAAAUUGCACAUGAAUGUAGCUUCAUUUAUGCACACAUAUUUUUUCUAGUUGUUAUCUGUAAGCCGGACCAGUCAUCCCUAAAAUUAAUGUAUAUACCGUAGGGCAUUUAAAUAAAAAAUCCAAAAUAAUAACUAGUGACAUACAUAAAAGAGAAAUCCAAUCUUGAACGCAAACAACUCUUAGUGGAAAGCAGAAAAAUCAGAGAAGUACCGGUAGACUAAAGAAGGUUUGAAUGAAAAUGGACAAAAACUGUGGAAGUUGUUAAUUUUUUUAAGUUGUAACACUAUAGGUAUGGGUUCUUCAAAUUGGCUGAAGCGGUUAUGUCUCUUUGAUGGAGUGUCAGACAGCUUUCCCACUUGUCUCUACACAGAAAAUUACUAGAAUUUCAAUUUUUCAAAAACGUAUGACCCUGGUCUUUUCUCUGUACAGGACUUAUGAAUAUGAUAAUAUGCUAUCCACAAUAGCAUAUUUUGAGUAAUGCCCAAAAGAAAGGAGGCAUUGAGGAGAAAACAGAAAUUAAGGAUAAUUUUGUACACAACAAACAAAGUUAUCCGCAACUACAUCACAAUCUUCUGAGAAAACUGCCAAUGUGAGAUUCACAGACUUAGCGAUCUCAUAUUUCAAACAUUCAUACCUUUCUUAUUAUUGGUUUGAUUUAUUUCGCCUUUCUGUUUAUCUCAUUUUUCGGCUUUCAUAUAAAUGAACUUAUUGCAAGGGUUGGAUUGCCCUUUAAGGAGUGUAAAGAGGGAUAAUCAUUUCCUAUUAAUCUUUGAAUACUAAGAUGACAUCAAAUCAUGUAACUCAGUAUUCAAAAUUGAAUUAUCUCUCUUUUAUUUCAAACUGAUGUUUCGAACUAGAAUACAAACAUGCAACCAUAAGCAUACAGAGCAAGGACAGAAUUUGUAAUUGUUCCUCAUAAAACAUUUAUGAAUGUAUGAGCAUUGAUUAAAAUACUCUAAUCAGACCUGCGUGCAGUUGUUUAGAAACAACUUUGUACCUCAAUAAAGGGUUUCUAAAUGUAGUUCUGGCAAAAAUUAUAGAACUGAUUACAAAUCUUUUGUUUAUGACUUGAAUGGUAAUCAUUCAAAGUUUGUAGGUAUUUUUAAACAUAUUGUGGGAACCAGACCAAAUAGUGGGUUCAAGCAUAAUAUUUUCACAUUAGCAUAAUAAUUUCCAUUUAGUAUUUUUACACAAAUCAUCUGUAAUGCAUUUUGCAAAUCAUUAAUUGAAUUACAAAAGAGAAUGUAUACAUUUGCCAUAAUUUAUGAUUCUUCUUUUUUUUUUGGAAUUAAAGUGUUGGCUGAUUUGUCCUGAAGCUGUGCAGAAUAUCUAUGCACCUUGCCAGAACUUCACAUUUUUUCUAUAGCCUAGAUUUUGUAAAGACAUUGAUAGUACACAAAUAAAAGCAAUGUAAACAUUUUUAUUGAUAUAUGUGAUGUUUUAAUGUUUGUAUACAGACUAUUUUUGUCUAACGUUUCUUCAAAAUUCUGUGAAGAAGUUUUACAUUCACUUACAUGUACCUAAAAAUCUACUGUGCAAUUUUUGUGUCUGUCAUUGUCGAUUUUUGAUAUGCAAUGUUAUUGUUAAAUAAAGUGGCCUGUUUAUAUGAA